UGCUGCUGCUUAUGUCUGACUCUCUCUCUCUGUUAAGACUGUUGUCCUCACAGAUAUGGAUUUUUUGAUGGCAGAGCCAACUUAUAAACUUCUUAUUUUUUUAUGCAUGAUACAAGGAACGUACGGAGUGCUUAUACAUUAUAAUGUGACCGCAACUGCUGUGGAGGGACAGAACGUCAGCCUGCAGUGCAUUGUGGGAGAGGGGCAUGACGUCACAAUUAUCCAGCUGGAAUGGAUUAAACAGCAAAAAGAAAAUGAGAAGAUCGAUCAGAAGAUUGUUGUGUUCCAUCCUGGGUACUCAACAAAUUAUAUUAAGUCCGGUUCUCUUCUGGAGACAGUGACCAGUUCAAAAACUUGGAAGCUGCAGGGCUCAAUCCUGACCCUGUAUAAAGUUACAGUGAAUGACGGUGGAAACUAUAUUUGCGAAAUUACAUCUUAUCCUAAUGGCUCAAUUAAAAGAACCACAAAGCUCCAAGUCACAGAGCCUCCAGCAUCAGUGAAGAUGUCAUAUCCAUAUGGAUUCAUAAAAGAGGGAGAUGACGUGAAAAUAACUUGUUCAGCUAGCCCUCCACCACUCCGUUAUAAACUUGCAAGGUCAAAGGACCAGAUAAUUUGGCUGGAAAGCUCAAAAGGAGAGUUCAUUAUAUCACACAUCACCAGAAACGACAGCGAUGUGUACAUCUGUUUACCUGAAUGGGACUCAUUAGUACGAAAUCAGCAAGGUCUCAAUGCCACUAUGGAACUGACUGUGAAUUUUCUUGAUGGCAUUGAGUGUAACACAAGCAGCCCUUUAAACGUCAGUGUUGGUGAGGAUGUGAUGAUUUCUUGUAUCGCAAAAGCAUCACAGUACUUGCAGUUGCAGUAUAAGUGGAUGAGGGGUGGCACAACACUGUCUCUGUCAGAGACUUUGUCUCUGACCUCCGUAACAUCUGACCAGUCAGGAACAUACCAACUGACAGCUGUCUUUUUGAAGACUCAACUCCAGACAGACAUGGAGUUUUCUAUCCAUGUUCUCUCAAAGCAAAGCCAAGGAAUGACAACUCCUUGCCCAGUAAGUACCACCAAACAUCUGAGCAGCUUUACCUCUAAUGGGACCAGCUCAUGGAGCAAUGAUACCACUGUGUCUACAACAGAAUCUGAUCACUUCCUGGCUAGCACAAUAAAACCAAAUGCCACUAUGACAACCCUACAACCCAGACACACCAGUCAUCCCACUGGCAGCUCUUCUGCUCCACCUGUUGGCAAUGCAUCUACAUUACAUGCAAGUACUGUAAAAUCUACAGAUACCUCUACAGACAGUUUGAGCACAACUCCAGAUCCAGCUACCAGAAGAGAAAGAGUCACCACUGUUAUAACACAGAAAAACAUCACCACUGUUACAGCAAAAGCCUCAAAAAGCUCGACAUAUAUCGCUGUCCCGAUUGUGUUGUUGUUACUCGUGUUGAUUGUGCUUCUAUACAGAAGACACCAGAACCAAAAAAAAAUGGAUAUGCCACCUCCAUUCAAACCUCCCCCACCACCAGUGAAAUACACAUCAGUGAGGAACCAUGAUGUCUAUAUGACUGAUAUUCUAGUGUGAACGUAUCAUGUACUUGAGAACCUACAAACCGUGGGCCACAAAUAUGCUGACAUGGAAGAUUCUUCCCUAAAGGCCUCACCCAAAAAUGAAAAUUGUUUCAUCAAUUACUCAUCCUCAUGAAGUUUCGUUCAUCUUCAAAACACAAAUGAAGAUAUUUUUAAGAAAACCUAAGAGAUUUCUGUCUUUCCAUUGACAGUCCACGCAACUAGUAUUUUGAUGCUUCAAAAAGUUCAUAAAGACAUUGUAAAUGUAACCCAUAUGAAUCUCCCAGUUUAAUUCAUGUCUUCUGAAGAGGCAGUCACUUUAUAUGAUGAACAGAUUUAAUUUAAGCUUUUAUAUAAACAUUGUUCAGUACAUAGAGUACAUCAAAUAUAUAAUAUGUUUUUUGAAAGUCUUAUGGAUUUGAAUUUUUAUUUUUGGGUGAAUUAACU